AUGGAGAGUUUCUACGUGGAUUUAAUCGCAUCUGAGAUAGAGAAAUGUGGAUAUAAACGCAUUGCAAUCCAGUCCGCCGAUCUGUCGGCGGGAUCGCAGUUCUGCCAUGCCAUUCAGGCGCACUUCAGAUCAUCGACGGAGCGUCCGGAGUUCUACGUGCUGGGCGAUGUAUUCAUUGGUAGCUGCUGUACGGACGUCAUAGCUGCGAGAAGAUGUGCGGCAGACUUCGUUGUCCACGUUGGCGUCUCUUGCCACAGCGUAAUGGACCCUCCUAUGCCAGUGAGGCGCGUUUUUGACCGCUCCGGAGUCGACUGCGGGAAGCUGUGCCUCUACUUGCAAGACGUAUUGGCAGGGUGUAGCUACACGCGGCUGAUAUUGAUGUAUGACAGCUCCAUGCAUCAUCUAGUAGAUGCUUUCGAGGAAUGCCUGCACUCGUCGGGCAAACUGUCGUUUAUCGCAGAAUGCGUUGAGCGGUCGGGAGGCAACUCCGACCAUGCGGAGAGUGAUGACUAUUUUUGCGGGCGACGUUUAUUCGCUUGCACGAAUGAUGGCCAGAGGACGAGAGCAUCGUCAGCAGAAGCAUGUAUAGGGGACAGCAAAACCCUUGUUAUGUACGUCGUCGACGGCCCCGAUCGCGAUGUCACGACUGACUACUUGUCGCUGUCAUGUGUUGGCAGCCAGUUUCAUAUGAUAACCGCCGACUCCAACGAGUUUUCACAUCGCAUACUGGAUGAAAGGGGUCACAAGCUCCGCAUGCGGCGCUAUCAAAAGGUCGAGAAAGUGCGUGAAGCGUCAACGGUCGGCAUUCUUGUGAUUGCACGUACUCUCCGCGGCUCCAGUGCGCUGCGUCACAGUGUAUCUAAACUUUUGGAGAGUCACGGCAAGCGAUGCUACACGUUUUCCGUGAAUUGUCUGACGGAGGCUAAGCUGGCCAACUUCCCCAACAUCGACGUGUUCUGCCUGCUGUCUUGCGGGGAGUCCGUGCUUUCGCUGCCGGAGGAGCUUGCACGCAGGGUUGUACUCCCCUUUGAGGUGCUAGUCGCGCUAGAGCACAUGGACUGGUCGGCACCGUACGAGUUUGACUUCGCGAAGUUGUUGCCGCAUGCCCAAGUUGAGGAGGCUGAUGAGUUGCCGGCAUCAGGAGGCGAGAUACGGCGCUUGCGCGGCAAUUUCGAGUUGCGAACACAAGUAGAGAGUUUCAUGGGAACGCUACAAGACAACUCAAAGCGCACAUUCGGCGGAGUUGACCCCUUGCACGGAAUGUCUGACGAGGUGACAGUCGUGUCUGGCUUCCACGGUACCGCGAGUGGUUACGAGCACGAACGCCGCGCCAAUGUGCAUAGCUGUCACGUCUUUUGGGGCACCACGUCGUUGACGGUCGCUCUCCCCUGGAGUGGCGCUGGGUCGUCUAGCCUUUUUAAAUGGCGGGGUAGGGGCAUCGGCGUUUCGCGGCCGGCGGCGUCGAGUGGCUCCGUAAGCUCCCCGCCUCGUGACCUCGUGGUGGUAGAGGAUGGACGGUUGCGUGGAGUACACUACCGAAACGUAUUCGGCUCUGAAGAAUCCGAUUCUUCUGCCGAAGCACGCCCGUUUACGCCACAUCCCUUCAAUAGGCGGUUCGCCUUUUCGAAGCGUCCGUUGUUCCCUAUAGAGCCCAGAAACUUGCGCAUUUAUGGUCUAAAACGUCACAAGAAGCGCGGUCGCGGCAAGAAAAGUUCGGCACGUGGUUACCGUUUCAAGCGACAAAAGCAUCGAGGAAGCAAGCCCAACAGUCGCACGUUCGAGGGUGGCCAGACCCCCUUGUUCCGGAGGCUGCCCAAGUGGCCUGAAGCGUGGUUGUCACGUCAGCGCAAGACAUUUGACCCCUUGAACCUUGCGAAGUUGCGCUAUUUUAUUGAACGCGGCCGUUUGGACACACGUUUUCCCAUAACGCAGCGGCACCUGUUCGACAGCAAGUGCGUCAAGGUGAAGCGGGGAGUUCAGCUGUUCAACGUGAACGAUUAUCCCUUCCCGUACAAGAUCGACAUCGAGGUCGCUGGAAGCGACCAGUCCUCGAUAGACGCCAUAAAGCGAGUUGGAGGUUCGGUAACCAUCGUAUAUUACGACCGCGUGAACUUACGAGCCCAUUUGAAGCCGUACAAGUUUGAGGUGCUACCGAGGACGGCUCGUCCAAGCAUCGAAAGGGUACACUACUUGGAGAAGAUGCGUGCGCGUGGAUGUAACGUGGUCUACAUUAAGCCCAUGUGGCUCAUAAAGGAGGAACAGGCUAUUGCUGCUGAGAUGGCGGAGCUCGAGGCGGAGACAUUGACAAGUUCAAACCUCGAUCCUGACGAGACGCCCUCGAAGCGAGAGGAACGCCUGGUGAAGCUGUACCGCGAGCGCCUGCUGCGCUUCGGCCGGCCCUACGUAUGA